UCAGACUCCAUAAAUCCAUAAUCCAUAGAGAUAUAUCUAAAAAAGAAAAAACUUGGCACCCAACCCCAUAAUCCUUAGGCUCGCCGCCACGGGAAUAAUCGCUGACUAAGCAAAUUCUUUUGGAAAGGAGCGUCAUAACAGGAGCAAAGAAGAAGAACAAGAACAAAAGAAACUGUGACAACGUGUCGAGGCUUCUCUGCAACUCCAAUACCCAUACUCUCCAAUCAAUCAUGGAUUUUGUGUCUCUCUUCUUACCUUUCUUCUUGGUGAAGCUUGUUCUCAAAUUAAAGUAUCCAGACUCAACGAUCAUGAGGAGUCUCUUCCACGCAACCUUCCGCCACUAUCCUCCUCACUAAUCGAUUCCAUCAUCUAACCUCACUUUACCUCACUUCCCAUGAUUCCAUACUCAAUUCCGUCUUCUUUCCAUGUUAAAUUGUUAAUAUACAUUAGGACGCCAUAGCCUUAGCCUGGCAAUCUCACCCUUGGUUCCUUUUCAUUUGGGUAAUUCAUCUUGCCAAAAUUCUCUUUUCCCUAUUUAUCAGAGCCCAAGCCCGAGAAAUUGAAUCGUGAAUUGUGGAUCGUCUUCAAUUUGACGCCAUGCCGGGUCUAGUUGCGGCGAAAACCCCGCCUCAUACGACCCCUUUGGGAGUCUCCGUUAUCGAUUAUUCCAAUGGCGGCGAACAAAGAUCUUCUUCACCCAUCGUGCAGCGAAGCUUAAAGAAGGCACAGGAAAAGCUGAUCACCGACGAUUCCUCCCUCGACAACCCGGACCUGGGUCCAUUUCUUCUGAAGCUAGCCCGCGACGCAAUAGCUUCGGGUGAGAACCCGAACAAGGCGUUGGACCUUGCGAUCCGGGCGUCCAAAUCGUUCGAGCGCUGUUCGGGUCCGGGUCUGGAGCUUACCAUGUGCUUGCACGUUGUGGCGGCUAUCUACAGCAGUUUGGGGCGGUUCGGAGAGGCGAUUCACGAAUUGGAGCGGUCCAUUGAGAUUCCGGAUCCUGGAAAAGGAUCGGAUCACGCCAUGGCGAAGUUUUCCGGGUACAUGCAAUUAGGGGACACAUAUUCGAUGAUUGGGCAGCUCCAACGGUCUGUUAAGUGUUACAGCACAGGAUUGCGGGUCCAAAUGGAGGCUUUGGGAAAGUCCGACCCGAGAGUCGCAGAGACUUGCAGGUACUUAGCUGAAGCCCAUGUCCAGGCUAUGCAAUUUGAUGAGGCUGAGAACUUCUGCAAGAAGGCUCUUGAAAUUCACAGGGAGCAUAGCUCCCCAGCGUCCCUUCCCGAAGCAGCUGAUCGGCGCCUGAUGGCUCUCAUAUGUGAUGCAAGGGGAGAUUAUGAAUCAGCACUUGAGCACCUUGUCCUGGCCAGUGUAUCAAUGAUUGCCAAUGGACAAGACAAUGAGGUUGCAUCUAUUGAUGUUAGCAUUGGCGAUAUUUACCUGUCACUCUGUCGUUUUGAUGAGGCUGUCUUUGCCUAUCAGAAAGCUCUCAGUGUGUUCAAAUCCACCAGAAGCGAGAACCAUGGUUCUGUGGCAUUAGUAUACAUUCGCCUUGCUGACCUUCACUACAAGACAGGAAAUUUACGAGAGUCCAAAUCCUACUGUGAAAAUGCCUUGAGAAUAUAUACCAAACCUGUUCCUGGAACAACCCCUGAAGAGAUUGCCAGCGGGUUAACUGAAAUCUCUGCCAUCUAUGAUGCUCUGAAUGAGCCUGAAGAGGCACUGAAGCUCUUGCAGAAGGCAAUGAAGUUAUUGGAGGAUAACCGUGGACAGUAUAGGACCAUUGCAGGAAUUGAAGCACAAAUGGCUGUGAUGUUCUGCACAGUAGGGAGGUACAUGGAGGCUCGGGACUCUUUUGAAAGUGCUAUCACUAAGCUGAGGGCUAGUGGGGAGGGGCAAUCUGCAUUUUUUGGGGUUUUGUUGAACCAAAUGGGGCUGGCUUGUGUGCAACUAUACAAAAUAGGAGAGGCAGCCAAACUUUUUGAGGAGGCAAGAGAGAUAUUGGAGGAGGAGUGUGGGACAUAUCACCUGGACACUUUAGGAGUGUAUAGCAACCUUGCAGCAACAUAUGAUGCCAUGGGGAGGGUCGACGAUGCCAUUGAGAUAUUGGAGCAGACGCUAAAGGUGAGAGAAGAAAAGCUUGGAACAGCAAAUCCAGAUGCUGAUGAUGAAAAGAAAAGACUACAUGAGCUUUUGAAAGAAGCAGGAAGAGUUCGGAAUAAAAAGGGCAAAUCCCUUGAAAAUCUUAUAGAUUCUAACUUUCUAAAGAUGGAGAAGGAAGGAAGGAAGAGAAGGGCUGCAUUUGGUUUGAGAACUUGAAGGAGAGGUCAUUGUCUUGACUCUAUUUCCUCUCCCAUGUUGUUCUGUUUGUGAUGAAGAAAAAAUAUAUGGAUGAAUAAAGGGGGAAAAAUGAAACCUCUCACAUUCGGUGUCUAGGAGAAUUUGUAAAGGUUUUUUAGAUGAAACAGGCUUUUCUUUUUCUUUUUUUUUUGGCUUUAUAUUUUCUAUUGUCACUCGUUUUUGUUUCCUUUUUUUUUUCCGGUAGAUGUUUCCGAUUUUUUUAUUCUGCUCCCCCCCUCCCCCCCUUUUGCCAGUGAUACGGUUAUUGUUCACCAGAAGAUAAACGUAUAUUCUUGAUUAAACAAACUUUUGUUUCUGCA